ACUCUGUCCAGCAGCAGUUCACUUGCAAUUAGCCGCAGCUCCCCCAAACCCCCCCAAUCCAAAAAAAAGGGAGGAAAGAAAAAGUUGGAGCAAAAUUCGACUAGAAAGACGUUAUAGUGUGGCCCAAGCAUAUAUAAUUUGGUUUUGUUGUUAAUUUAGGCCCUCAUCACGUUUGCAUAUGAGUGCAAUAUUGGAAACGAUUACUAGUAAUAAUAAUGAGGAGUGAGCAGUAGUGCGGUAGCAGAAGUAGAUUAUGGCGAUCUCAGCAUCCUCAUCAAGAUGGAAUAGGCAGCGUCCGCAGCUGCUGCUAGGAGUCCGGAGGACUCAUCGCAGAUGGCCCCCCUUCCUCCCCUUCCCCUCCACCAUCAGAAGAAACAUCGUCUUCCGAUGGCUGCUCAUUGCCCUAGCAUUUAUCGCCAUCUUACCGCCUCUUUUCUUCCAUUUCAAGCUCCGACGCUUCCAUCAGAUGCAAUUUCGCAGGUGCCGUUGGCUUAGAAAUCCUCCUCUUGUAUGUGCUCAUGGUGGUGACUCCUCCAAGGCCUUCCCUAAUACAAUGGAUGCAUAUCAAACUGCUCUUCGUUCUCAAGUCGAUUGCAUUGAAAUUGAUGUCUCUCGUUCUUUGGAUGGGGGAUUGUUUGCUCUUCAUGACAGGCAGGGAUUUGCAGCGAAUAUUGGGGAACAGUACAUCUAGAGUUGGAUACUUGAGUACCAAAGAGAUUCAAGAACUGGUUCCGAACCAGCAUCUUGCAAUGAAGUUUCAUGAUCUAUCCAUUCCUACAAUUGAAGAUGCAUUGAAGUUUGUAUCUGGAUCGGUCCGAGAAGUAAUUCUUGAUGCAAAAGUUGGGCCUCCAUCAUACGAAAAAGGACUGGCACAGGAUAUUAUUUCUCUGCUGGAAAAGACAGUGUGUAAAAGUUGCCUUGUAUGGGCCAAAAGUGACACUCUAGCAAGGGACUUGAUCAAGCUAUCAUCUGAUGUUACGGUGGGCUACAUUGUGAUGAUCAACCCGUCAACUGGAACUAGAAUGAACUUACUGAGGAUGAGGGGCGCUGAAGUGGUUGGCGUUUACCACCCUUUGGUUGAUGAGAAGCUUGUAAAAAUUCUGCAUGGGAGGAAAAAGAAGGUUUACGCAUGGACAGUGGAUGAUGAGAUCUCCAUGCAAAAAAUGUUAUUUGAGCACGUUGAUGCAGUGGUUACUAGCAAUCCCACAUUGUUUCAGAGAGUUAUGCAGAACAUGAGAACAGAGUGUCUCGAGGAAGGGUUUUCUUUGUCAUCCUGAAAGUCGCAAUAGCUGAAUGCAUGUACUCUGCGUGUUGCAGAUGUGUAACUCUUAUUAUGCAGACAUGGAUGCAGAGUAUAAAGAGAGACCGAAGUAGGAAGUCAUCUGCACAAAAAUGCUAGUAGGAGUUGUUGAAUCAUUUUUUUCGUACCUGCUGAACCACGUUAGGUUGUGAAUUCCCUGAAGCAGGUUACAGGAGGAGGUUUGCCAUCCUAAGUUGUUGCGAACUUGGGACUGGUGAUGCCUCCUCCUCGCAUGAACACGAACUUUUAAAUUUUUGAGUGUGGCGUGAUCCAAAU